AUGGCCAGUCCGAGAACUCGACAUACUUUGGCAGAAGUGCGACGGAAAGAUGAGAACAACGUAUGUUAUUCCAUUUUUUCUUACUUAGAUACUUUUUGCUAAAUAAAACUCGAUUUUGACUUAUUUGGUGCAUAAUCAGACGGAAAAAUAACAUUGGCAUUGCCAGGUGUGUGGGUGCAGAUUCCCACCCAGAAUUCCUAAUAUUUGAGUAUUUACGUUGUUAACUAACGAAUUUGCUUAAGAGUGCUUGCCUGUCUAUCCUGUUAUUGUUUAUUAUGCUGUUUUUCUCAACUUUUUCAUCAUGGUCAAAAGCAAACCAAAGUGAUUAAUUCCAGAUUGCCUUCUUAGGGUUUCAAGUCCAUGCCCAACUCGCUUUCCUAAAGACUUUAAAGUGCGGGUAGUCUGCUGUAUGAUGCAUGUCCUUGUUUAAAUUCCACUGGGAUAGUAGUCUGUUCUGAAAUACCUUUAGCACACAAGCUAAGCGCUAGAGAGAUGUGGAAAACAACUGAAAAUCCACUUAUGGUACGUCGUGAUUGAUCAAUACUGCCGCCGUCUUGAGUAUGCGGCGGUGACCUGUACUUGAGUUAAUUUAUAGUUAUGCCACUUGCGUUUUUCAGCUCGGAACAUAUUCCGUAGAGAAGACAAGAUCAAAAUGACAAUAGAUGGGCGUGUUCCAUCUGUUCUGCUCCCUAUACUCGAAAACUCUAGCUCCGUCGGCUGUACACUUUGCAUACGCGGAAGGUGCUAUCCUAACGGUCAGCAAUCGCAGCCUGACUCACGGUUUAUGGCAGAACUUAUUGUAUAUUUUUGGAAACUGUCACUUUCGGCAAAUGUUCUAAGCUAACUUUCGUAGUGGCCAAUGAAACAUUCUGUCAAAUUUUCCGGAAACCCCCCUUCACAGUUAUUUGCUGCCUCGGCCAUCUGCAUUUAGACACUUACGUGGACUUAACUCCAAUUCGGAAUUCUUUAGACACUCAUUAGCGCCUGCUUACAAGCAUGGUGGGACACAUAUGUCACAUCAUUCUUAUUUCUCUCGCUAAAGCCGGAAAAUAAAUACACGUAGAACUUAGAAACCUGGUUCUAAGUAGCAAAUAUUCCAACUUUUGACCUUCCAUUGUGAUUGUGACACUGUAUUUUGAUCUUUCUAAAUAGACGAACACAUUUAGACCUCUGGCAACUGGAAAUCGCUAAAACUAGUUUGCUGGUUUUUUCGUACAUCAGACAGGGGUCAGGGAAGCAGUAAAAACACAAUCCCAUCAACUUUCUUUCUAUUUGGUGUUAAUUACACCUUUCGAUUUACGCAAGGCAACGUAUUUUUAUUCUCCUCUUUUGAGGUUGCUUAAUAAUACACCCGCGACCGCCAUCUUUUCUCCAUAUUCUAAACUCUAUUUUCUUAGUUCUGCUUCGAGUGCGGUGCUGCUAAUCCUCAGUGGGUCAGCGUCACAUACGGAAUAUUCAUAUGUCUCGAAUGCUCGGGUCAACACCGGGGACUUGGUGUGCACUUAAGGUGAGCAGUUUUCAUGAGCAGCCGCUGUGCAGUAUUUUUCAUGUAUAAGAUUUUAGGAUAAUUCCAUCUACUGCCAUGCUCCUAUCUCCUGAAAAGUUUUCGUCCAUCAGUUAGUUUAGGUGCGGCCCAGUCGACGUGUCCACAGGUGGCGGAUAGUGGCACCGCCUCUGGCAAAGCCCAAUUGCUAGAUAAGCUGGCUCUCGGGUUGCACAAAUAAAUAUUCACGGCCCCUUUCUCAGUAAUUCCUUCGCUUACUGCUAGGCACCAACCCGGCGUCUCGGCUACUUAUGAGAACCACAAGUCAUAGUGGCAGUAAGACGCAGCGGGCGCCGCUCGAAAUUUACUGAUGUUUCACAGACCAUCCGACGCAAUCUUCCUGUGCCGGAAGGACAAAUGGAGAUGCCCACCUUUGAAUUGAUGUACCAUAAGGAACCAUUCCUCCAUGGAGCCGCCGCUCGCGCGCACUGUUUGGAGACUUGGGGCAAAUGUACUUUCAGUUAAAUAGGAGCUAUAGUCUGCGCACACUGGUUGGACUUAAGGGGGCAAAUAGCACCGAAGUGGAAUAUGCUGUUCAUCAGGAAAAUAAUAAUUCCUUAAUGAAGGUUUGAAAGGUGAUGGGAAUUAAACUAUGCCAAUACAGUCACCUUUUCUUUUGACCACUUGACCUGUUAGAUGACGUGUGCGGUGCUGUAAAGGUAACACAAGUCAUCGAUCACAAAUAGUUGACCGGAAACAAAAUGCGCAAUUGUCUGGUGCAAACCUUGUGAAUGUUUCUUUGUACACUUGAUCUCAAUGUUGCGAAUGAGUGGGGUAUAUUGCUUCUUUGAUCGACAUUAAUCCCUUGAAAAUCUAACCGUGGCGCGAGGACCAUAGUCCUCUGAUCCGGAAACCCAGUCCAGCAGUGACUCGCAGAACGGACUUGUGUAGUUGAUAGACGGAGACUUGGUGAAGAAUUGGUUUCCUAUAGUGCCUGGUUUCUAAUUUUAACGUCUCUAUCACCCUUGUCUCUGAAACAUCGUUUUUGGGUCUCAGGAUUCUGUCUGACAGUGAGUGAGACCUCACCGAAUGUCAACCAAAAUUCACCGUUUCGUUAUGCCACUAGGUUAUGCUACCUGUUUAUAGACAACCUUCUGCCAAACCGGUGACCAGUCCUACCUGAACUUAUUACAACUGCACGGUCGCAUUCGAUACCCAUCUGUGGAUCAACCAUGUAGCCGACCGCUAAGCAUACUUUCUUAGCUGGGUUCCUGUUCUGCCACAGUAAGACCUCCAGGCAAUGUUGCAUGAUACCUAAGCGAAUCAUUGGUCUACCCUUGACUAGGUGACUGUGAUAGGCAUUUGCAUAUAAAGCCGGGGCCGCCGUAUAAUCUUGAACACCGUUUUCUGUGUAUAACUGUGAUGUCUACGUCGUGCCCGUAGGUCAUAUCUGCUGACGGCAUAUUAGCUAAGUUUAACCAAAUUAUUGUAUUAUGCUAACGGACAGACGACCUAGUCCCUUUUAAUAAAAGGCAUCUUCGCUUUCGCAUUUUUUUGAAGUCUCGUGAUUUGAGACUAUUUUGCGCGAUGCAUCCCUCUUUUUAAAUACUUGUACGCAAUGUCUACUACAUGCUUAUAAGUAACAAUGGUUUGCAAUCCUGUUAAAUUCGUCUUUCGCUUUCCAGCUUCGUCCGCUCGACAACGAUGGACAAAUGGAAGCCCAUUGAGCUUGAGAAGAUGAAGGUGGGGGGCAACAGACAUGCAAGGACAUUCCUUGAAUCCCAACCAGACUAUCGUUCAAACUGGUCUUUGAGAGAAAAGUAUAACAGUCGAGCAGCCGCCCUCCUGCGUGAUAAGGUAGAUUGUCUAAUUAUAUUUCCCGUUUGUACAAAAAAUUUGUUUCCAGGCACAUAAGGAACUAAUCUCUUCAAUGAUGACCCAUGGACAAACCCGUCAGUAGUUCAAUGCGGUCGUAAAUUGCAUCGAAAUAUUGCUGUGCUGCCCUAGUAUGGUAGAGGAGCUUAAUGCUUGGGUGUGCUGGACAAGUCGUAAGAUCGAGCCCCAGAUUUCAACUCCUUGGGAUUGGAUAUGGCCGACUGAUGACGGCUAAUAAGUUAGAGACGGCCAUUUAAGUCUCCCCUCUCAUUGUCGGUUAAACUCUGUAUCAAAGGGAAGGCGACAGGGUCCGGGACUGGGGUAGAUUUAUACAGAACUGUUUCGGACAUAUUUGCCUUCAUUCAGCCAACCAUAAUCCUGGCCUCGGGAAGCCAGAGGAUCGGUGUGCGCCCAUUCCCGAGUGAAUUAGUACCGAUCCGCAGCGAAAGAGAAUGGCAGGUGACGAGGCACUAAUGAACUUCAGUUCGAUGAAGUGCUUAUGACCCAUCUGGAGGACUCCAGUGGUGGGCCAGUUGCACCAGGUGGGUGAGCGCAUGUUUGUGUUUCGGUCCCAGCUGGUGGUUAGGGUUAUGAUUGGCUGAAUGAAGGCAAACAAGCCCGAAACAGUGCUGUAUCAAUCUACCCCCAGACUCUGUCGUCUCCCCUCUGAUAUAUAUAUAUAUAUGUGCAUAUAUAUGCAUAUAUAUGUAUAUGUCUAUGCAUAAUUUGGAAGUCAGACAUCCAUGAAAUAUAAUUUGAAGACACACGGCGGCCGCUUCUGGCGCAAACAACAAAUGAAUAUCGAUUUUUCAGCCCGCUUGGAACGAUAAUUGUUUUUUUGUACAUUUACCUAAAUGUGACGAUGACCUGGAAACCAGCAUCGAAAAUUUACCUAAUAAAUUUUUUUCUAAAGUGCGUCCUUGCCUUAAUAUGUGUGCUUAUACAUACGUACAUGGCAGAGGGGAGACGACUGAGUCUGGUGGCUGGAUGGAUACAGAACUGUUUCGGGCUUGUUUGCCUUCACUUAGCCAACCAUAACCCUGACCACCAGCUGAGGCGGGAAACACAAGCACGCGCAAACAUAUGUAUGUGUUUGUCCGUAACAGUCAACGAGAAUCUCCACCAUCCAAGCUAACACACAGAACGGGAGUUUUCGUGUUUUAAAUGGCUGAUAAGUCACGCCCGGUCUGCACGUGCUUCAAAAGCCGGGUCAGCAAAAAUCCUCCGGUGUACAAGCAUAUUUUUUCCUCAUUUCCUUUGGCCUCGUAUUUUCUAUCGGAAUUUCUAAACUUGCCACUAAACAGACAGCUCAUUGAUUGCACGCAGAUCAUUAACUUCUCCUAACCUGCAAGGUUGAACUCGGCAUGCCCAUAGAACCCCGCAUUUCAAAGGCCAGUCAUAAAGAAUCGGACUGCUGUCUCACACGUGUCGCAUUUUUUCGACCGCUUUUACCGUUUUUCUAAAACCUUAUUACUCCGCCUUAUCCAUCCUGUUCUGUGUGCCUCAGAUCGCCACCGAAGCAGAAGGUCGUCUGUGGGACGAAAAAACCUCCCCGGCCAGAAACUACCAGCCGCAAGUGCCCCGCUCUGCCACCACUGGUAAUCUGCAGACCAUGGGGCAGCCCAUUUCCAGCCAGUCCUACGGCCCGAAGGGCAUGCCGAACUGUCAGUCUGAUCUGGAGGCCUGGCUUAAUGAGCCGACCCAAAAGGCUGCAACAGAGCAGUUCUUUGCCCGACAGAUGAAUGAAAAUCUUUCCAGACCUCUGUAA